AAAAUGUCAAACACAAAUGGCCCAUCGCUGUUGCGUCUGGGUGUAAUAGUGACGAUGGCAGGAGUCAUCUCUAUGGGCGUAAUGUUUUUCUGGUUCUCAUCUCCAAACAAAUGCCCACCUCCAGUUUUUAGACCCCACCAAUAUUCACAAAUCAGUUCUCUUUCUGGUAAAGCAGAAGAUAAACCUAUACUUCUGUUAUGGGUUUGGCCUGAAAAUUAUAGGUUUGAUUUCAGUGUCUGCAAAAAGUUUUACAAUAUUGAUAAUUGUCAAUUGACGGAUGAUAGAGCUCUCUACAACGAUGCAGAUAAUGUAAUUGUUUAUCAUAGAAACAUCCAAUGGGAUCUCUCCAACCUUCCUCCAUCUCCUCGUCCUCUGUUCCAAAGGUGGCUUUGGUUGCAUUUGGAAUCACCAACCAACACCAAAAGGAUUCCAGGUCUGGAAAACCUGUUCAAUCUCACUCUCAGCUACAGACAUGAUGCUGAUAUUCCUGUACGGAUGCGCUUGAUGACCAGGAAGAAACCUAAUGAGGAUUUUGUCAUUCCCAAAAAGGAUAAACUGGUGUGUUGGAUUGUAAGUAACAAUGAUCCCUCAACAGGUGUUGACACAAGGAACGUUUUUUACAGGGAACUCAGCAAAUACAUCAAAGUGACUUUGUUCGGAAAGGCUUAUUCAGGGUUUCUGAGUUACGACGACUACUAUCCAACCCUGGCCAGCUGCAAGUUUUACCUUGCCUUUGAGAACUCCAUCCACAAAGACUACAUCACUGAGAAGAUAAACGGGCCACUCGCGGCGGGGACCGUCCCUGUGGUGUUGGGUCCUCCGAGAAGAAACUAUGAGAACUUUGUUCCCGCCGAGUCCUUCAUUCAUGUCAAUGACUUCCCAGACGCAAAGUCACUAGCCGAAUAUUUGCUUCAUCUGGACAAGGAUGAAGAUGCAUAUCGCAAGUACUUUAACUGGAGGAAACAUCUCACUCCAAGUCCUCAUUUAAUAUUCCAGAAUCAAGAGUUUAUUCUGGCUAUUUGCACUGCGUGUGACUAUAUCGCACGACACAGACAAUAUAAAGAAGCUCACGAUCUCUAUGAGUGGUACUUCAAUUGAUGUCAAUUUCUUACAUCACCUGAUAUCAGAUAUUUAUAUAUAAACUGACUAUUUAUAUAAGAUUUAGUAACUAUUUUGGUGAAAGUAUUUUACUGAAUAAUCAUUGCUUAUGAAUGAUCUAAUAAUUAAGUAAUGAUGCUUGUCCUUGAAGAAAUUUAUGUAAAUAAUUAUAUGCUGGUUUAUGUCAUGAUAACACUCAUUUUCUCAGCACAAGCCAGUAAUCAAUGCACAUGAACUUUGGCUGAUUCAAAAUGAAUUAUAAGUAAAUUUUAAGAUUAUAUUACUAUUAUCAAGUUAAAUACAGAUAGAAAAUAAC